AUGGAGUGCCCUGUAAAGGACGGGAUCCUAUACGUCCAGCAUCUCAAAUUUGGGAAGAAGACCUGGAGGAAAGUGUGGGGCCAGCUCUUUGCUGACAGCCCCUCUGGCAUUGCACGGCUCGAGUAUUUUGAGGCCCGCGAAGGCGUUGCAGUGGAAAAGGCAACACUGAGGAAGAGUGACCGCAAGGUGAUCCGCCUCUCAGAUUGUGUCUCGGUGGAACGGGCUGGUGAACACAACUCGCCGAAGGAUGCAGCCCCCUUCUACUUGUGCAUGGUGGAGCGCAGCUUCUUGCUGGCAGCAGAAAAUCCAGAUGACUGGAUAGAAUGUAUCUGCCAACUGGCUUUUCAGAAGAAACCUGCCUCAUCAAGCACCCCUGGAAAUGCUCCCAGCCCACAACACCUCAUGGAAGAAAAUGCUAUCUACUCCUCCUGGAAAGAAACCUGUGAGUUUCCAGUGGUUGCCUUCCAGACAGAGGCUUCUGCCAGAUGUCAUCUGAAAGGGAACUAUCUGCUGGUGCCUUUAGCUGAGCACCUGAUGCUGAAGGACUCACAGUCUGGAAAAACCCUCUACACUUGGCCUUACGCCUUCCUCCGAAGAUUUGGCCAGGAAAAGACUGUGUUCUCUUUUGAGGCAGGACGCCGCUGCGAGUCUGGAGAGGGCCUCUUCACUUUUAACACCCUACGGGCUGCAGAGAUCUUCAGAGCUGUCUCCGCUGCCAUAGACUGCCAAAAAGCUGCUCUUCUGGAGACAGACAGGAAAGCUGGGGUUUCCCCAGGCCAAGACUGUAUGCAGAAAGCUGGGGGCUGGUCAUGGCCCAGCAGCGCAGAGAACCUGGAGGAAAUGCAACCAUUGUAUACAAGAAACCCAAAGGAGGAUGUGGAAAUGGGACUCUCACUAGUGCCCAGUAACAAUAGCCGUUCAGCAUCUCCAGAGAGCGGGGAUCGUGAGCCACCCAUCAUCUAUGCUUCCAUUGGCAAGAGCUCACCAAUCCUGUUCCAGCCCUGGGGCAAGACAGAGGCAGAAUCCAAAUGGCAGGGAGAGCAAGUCUCUUCUGAACAUCUCUACGAGAACCUGCGUGCUCUGGAGCAGCACACUCUUGGCUACAGGGACUUCCCUGAUGGCAAUGAGCCAUCGCCCCUCUAUGACAACAGCCCUGUAGUGGCCAAAUGCUCCAGUAGCCACCCUGGCCUGAACCCCAGUGUGAGAGCUGACUCCUCCCCAGAAACCCAGCGCCAUCCCAAGGUGGAUUGUAAAGGGACAGAGAGUGGGGAUGAUGGGAAUGCCAAACCCAAGGCAAGAGGGGCUGGUGCUUUCAAGCACAAGUUGGUCAGCAUGUUGAGCAGAGAAGGAGGCGCCUCAAAGACGUCCAGCAAGAACACUAGUCCUGUAGACAAGUCCUAAUGGGGAGCCCUUUGGCUGUGGGGACUAGUCUGAAGGCCUGGAGUUCUUCCCAUCAAUGCCCCCCCUCACUUCUUUUUCUUCUAGAUGUGUCCUGAUAUCCUCAAAGUUUGAUGGAGAAUUUUCAUGAGCUGGGGAUACAACCUCUCAAAUAAGAUGAUAGUGGCUUGGAGACCAGGCUAGCUAUAGCCACUCCACUGUGUCGGUCUUGAAUAGUUAGAAGUAGGUGGGUGUAAUGGCAUCCGGGAAACCAGCUGGACCUGUAUAUGUUGAGGUCUUCUUUUUUCCCUUGUGUCUCUCAAUAAAUGGAAUUUCUUAGACUGUCA